CAGGACUUCAACUUCAUCAGAACUGAACCUUUGUCAUCAAUAGGCCAGUGGUUAAUGCUUGGGCGGUGUGCACUUGGGGCAUUGCUUGCCCAUUGUCCACAUAAACUGUGAAGGCAGAAGAAAGAAACACAACCUGGUUAGACAGAAGAAGAAUUGGCAAUGGAUCGGAACCAGCGUGUGAAACUAAACGAUGGUCACUUCAUUCCUGUUCUGGGAUUUGGCACCUAUGCACCUCCAGAGGUCCCUAAAAGUAGGACCGUGGAGGCAACCAAAUAUGCAAUAGAAGCUGGGUUCCACCAUAUCGAUGCUGCUUAUUUAUAUGAAAACGAAGAGCAGGUUGGACUGGCCAUCCGCAGCAAGAUUGCAGACGGCUCUGUGAAGAGAGAGGACAUCUUCUACACAUCAAAGCUUUGGUCCACUUUCCAUCGACCAGAGUUGGUCCGACCAGCCUUAGAAAGGUCACUGAAGAAACUUCAACUGGACUAUGUUGACCUCUAUCUUAUUCAUUUUCCGUGGGCUCUCAAGCCAGGUGAGGAGCUUUUACCAACUGAUGAAAAUGGAAAAACAAUAUAUGACAUAGUGGAUAUUUGUGCCACAUGGGAGGCCCUGGAGAAGUGUAAGGACGCAGGAUUGGCCAAGUCCAUCGGGGUGUCCAACUUUAACCGCAGGCAGCUGGAGAAGAUCCUGAACAAGCCAGGGCUCAAAUACAAGCCUGUCUGCAACCAGGUGGAAUGCCAUCCUUAUCUCAACCAGAGCAAACUGCUGGAUUUCUGCAAGUCAAAAGACAUUGUUCUGGUUGCCUACAGUGCUCUGGGAACCCAACGAGAUAAACGAUGGGUGGACCCAAGCUCCCCAGUGCUCCUGGAAGACCCAGUUCUUUGUGCCCUGGCCAAAAAGCACAAGCGAACUCCAGCCCUGGUCGCCCUGCGCUACCAGCUGCAGCGUGGGGUUGUGGUCCUGGCCAAGAGCUUCACUGAGCAGCGCAUCAGAGAGAACAUGCAGGUUUUUGAAUUCCAGUUGACUUCAGAGGACAUGAAAAAACUAGAUGGCCUAAACAGAAAUCUACGCUAUAUUACUGCUGAUUUUAUGGCUGACCACCCUGACUAUUCAUUUUCGGAUGAAUAUUAACAUGGAGGUAUUUGCAUGACUACUUCUGAAUGCUUCUGCCUGUGCAUAGUGAUGAAGAAGAGGUCUCUGAUGCUGGCCUUCGGACACAUCACCUCUGGCUAAUUACACGUUGCUUAGGAACUUCAGCCAGCUAAUACCAACUCCGCAGAUAAGAAAGAAAAGACAAUAAAUAAAUGUGAAGAUCAAACAAACAUGAUUUCAAAACAGAAAAGAAAGGCUUUAAGGAGCAGAACUGCAGUUAAUGUUCUCCUUCCUGAGGCAGAUACUUGGCUGAUAUUUUAAUUAUCAAGUAUAAGUGUUUAUUUUGACUUCCCAGAGAAUUUGGAUGAGGAGAGGAGCAUGAUAUCCCUGAAACACAGAAGGGAGGUCACAGCAGGAGAGAGUGAGGACCUUGACCACUUUCACAUGGACCUAAGGGUCAUCCUGUCUGGAGAAUCACUUGAAGGCUGUUUUUUACUGUCCAAGGAAAAUUCAAGUCCAGUGAAAA